UAAUUUGACUUGUUCAUAGAAGCGUGGUGGGGGCACCGAGAGCUCGCAAACACACCAUGCAUUCCAGAAAACAGAGAGCCGUAGAGGCAUAGUAUAGGUAAGCAGAAGUUUGCAAAACCAUAACAGAAAUCCCCUGAAAAAAGAUGACGGCGACGAUACUAGUAGACACAAAACCGUUCACACUCUUUAUCACUCCCAAGAAACCAUAUUACACCACUGCUAAUAACUUCCAUCUCCUUCAAUUUAGUAAACAAAAUCAUAAUUAUUCGUCCACGAUGCCUCCUCUCAAAAGGAGAGUAAAAGGCUACUACUCUUCUUCAAAAAAUUGGAAUUUCAAAAGCAGCUUCAGAUCUGCCGCUGCUUCUUCUGCCACUGAGUCGCCACAACUAGAUAAGGGGAGUAAUAAUAAUAAUGGUGAUGGACAAAGAAAGGUGCCUGGGCUUAACACGCUAUUUAGAAGAUUCUGGAAAGUGGCUGCACCUUAUUGGUUCUCAGAGGACAAGGAGCCAGCUAGACUGCAAUUGGCUGCUGUUUUUGCUCUCACUUUGGGUACCACUGGUAUUAGUGUCGGUUUCAAUUUCCUUGGUCGCGAUUUCUACAAUGCGCUUGCCAAUAAGGAUCAAGAACAGUUUACGAAGCAGUUAUUGUACUACCUUGGAGCCUUCGCUGGAGGAAUUCCGUUAUUUGUAUUGAGAGAUUAUGCAAGAGAGAUACUUGCUUUGAGAUGGAGGUCUUGGAUGACUAAAUUUUACAUGGAGCGUUAUCUGAAAAAUCAGACGUUUUACAAAAUUCAAUCCCAAUCUAUUAUUGAUAAUCCGGAUCAGCGCAUUGUUGAUGAUCUAAGUUCAUUCACGGGGACAGCCCUUUCCUUUUCGUUGACACUUUUCAAUGCUGCUGUAGACUUGAUAUCGUUUAGUAACAUCUUGUAUGGCAUCUAUCCCCCACUGUUUGUUGUUCUCCUUGCGUAUUCUAUUGGCGGAACAGCUAUCAGUGUUUUUCUUGGAAGGGAAUUAGUGACUCUAAAUUUCUUGCAAGAGAAAAAAGAAGCAGAUUUUCGUUAUGGACUUGUGCGUGUUCGUGAAAAUGCUGAAUCAAUUGCUUUCUUUGGGGGUGAAGAAAAUGAAACUCAACUUCUGCUGCAGCGGUUCAAAAGUGCUUUUGAAAAUUUAACAAGGCUGUUGAUAUCUUCUAGAAAUCUAGAGUUCUUCACAAGUGGCUACCGGUACCUAAUCCAGAUUCUUCCUGCUGCUGUUGUUGCUCCUAUGUAUUUCUCUGGAAAAAUUGAGUUUGGUGUCAUUAAUCAGUCUGUAUCUGCUUUUAAUCAUAUCCUUGGAGAUUUUUCCCUUAUCGUGUACCAAUUUCAAGCCAUCAGUGCCUUUUCAGCUGUCAUUGACCGGUUAGGUGAAUUUGAUGAUGUUCUGGAUAGCAGCAGCUCUAAAUGUAUUUCCAGCUCUGUGGAAGAGAUUUCUCUUACAUACUGUGAUGAGCGAAGUUCACUUUCAUUGGAGUCUAAUGGUUCCAUACUAAUGGACAGGUGCCAAAAAGUAUUGGAUUUAGAGAAUUUGACACUACAAACACCAACGAGUAAAGCUAUACUGAUCAGGGACUUGUCAUUGGUUAUUAACAAGAAAGAUCAUUUACUUGUAACAGGACCUAGCGGGAGCGGUAAAACGUCUUUGUUGAGAGCUCUGGCUGGUCUUUGGAAUACUGGACAAGGGAAAAUCACUUUCUAUGUUAAUGAGGGAAAUGAUCCUCAGGCACCCACUUCUUCAGAAGUACCUGCUCUUAAAGUAAAUACUGCUGAUGACACGGCUGAGGAACUUGAAGGACCCAUUAACAGAAACGACAGAGGCAUAUUUUUCCUUCCUCAAAGACCAUAUAUGGUUUUGGGAACACUUCGUCAGCAAUUGCUUUAUCCUACAUGGGCUGAUGAUGUAAUUCCUACAUCAGAUGGUGGUAAUCCAGCUGGCUCAUUGCCUUUCUUGAUGCGGAAUUCAAGCUCUGGAACCAGUGGUGGAAAGCGUAGUAAGCCCACUACAGAUGAUUUAAUACAGGUUUUAGAGGAUGUCCGGCUUGGCUACAUAUUAUCACGUUUUGGUAGUCUGGAUUCAACACAUGAGUGGUCCAGUGUUCUGUCCCUUGGUGAGCAGCAGCGCCUUGCCUUUGCACGUCUGUUGCUUUCAAAACCAAAAGUGGUUCUAUUGGAUGAGUCUACUAGUGCUUUGGAUGAAGCCAAUGAGGAACACCUGUACAGGCAGAUUGAAGCAGCGGGUAUGACAUAUAUUAGCGUUGGCCAUAGGCGAACUCUCUAUGACCACCAUAACAGGAACUUACAUAUAACCACAGUGGAUCCCAGCAGCAACGAGCGAAAUUGGCAUGUUGAACCCAUCAAUCGUGAUUCCUUGUAUAACAUUUUGAAUCGCUAGUCAGUGCUAAUGUGUUGUAGCCGUCAUGGAAUCAAAUGCAAUGGUUUAGCUGCAUGUUUUCGUGAAGUUACCUUUUUUCUCCAAAUAGGAGAGGAUAGAGAUAGAGGCACUAUACGCAUCUUGUUGCGCAUUACUAAUCCACAGAUCAUGAUUACCUGAAA